GCACGAGUACUCAAUUUCUUACGAAGUUGAGAUCUAACAGAAUCCAAUGCAAUUUACUGUAGACAUAUACGUUGACCCGUAUAUUGCUUGCUUCUUUCUAGUUAGUACACUACUCUCCCACCUCACUCACUCUUCCCUUUUUGUUCUAUAGCCUUAUUAACCUUCUCAUACUACUUUUUAUCUCCUCAAACCAAAAAAGUCUCCAUCAAAACUAAACAACAGCUCCAACCUUUCACAUCCAUGGCGGAUUUUACAACUACUCUUUUUUUACAACAAUGAAGAUCACCCCAAACACCGACCUUUCUGUUUUGCUCUCCUCCAAAAAAAACCUACCUCCUCAACCUCAAAUAAACCCAGAUCUUCCCAAAAAACCGCUUUUGAAACCCCGUAAAACCGCCCGGAAUACCCCUCGUCUGUCCAAAAAGUCAGGCCCUCCUACUCCUCUUCUUCGGUGGAAGUUUCACGAGGAGAGAGAAAAUAGAAGUUCUGUGAAGGGGAAUGACGAAGAAGAUAAGUCACCGACAUGUCGACGGGAAACAAAGAGAGAGAAAGUGGGUUCUCCUGUCUCUGCAAGGAAGCUUGCUGCUACUCUUUGGAGGAUGCAGUUAGUGGGUCCAGAAAAAAAUGCAGAUGAUGAACAGCUGAAGAAGAAUAAGAAAAAGGUUAAAGAAAAUGAUGAAGAUCGAUUAGGGUUUAAGCCUGCAGUCGGACUUGGUGGUGAUCGCUUGUGGUGUCAGCAUGCCAACAGAGAAUGUGGCUCAGAGGUACAAGAUCUGCUUAGGAGUCCAUGUUCUGUUAAUGGUCCAUCCAAUGGAUACCUUUGUGAGAGGCAAUCCCCUUUUCAAUUUGCUAAUUAUGCAAUGGAGGGGGCUACAAAGUGGGACCCAGUUUGCUCGAAAGUAUCAAAUAAACAUCCUGAUGAUUUGAAGUCACUUGAUGGAAGAAAAAAUGCUACCUCAAUGAUCUCAGAUCUUGAGAAGGAACUGGAACAGGCUCGGGUGCGUAUUGAGGAGCUGGAAACAGAAAGACGAUCCUCAAAAAAGAAGAUUGAACACUUCUUGAAGAAACUCAGCGAGGAAAGGUCAGCUUGGCGCAGUAGAGAACAUGAGAAAGUUCGUGCCAUCAUUGAUGAUUGCAAAGCUGAUUUGAGCAGAGAAAGGAAGAAUCGUCAAAGACUUGAAAUUGUCAACUCUAAGUUGGUCAAUGAACUCGCAGAAGCCAAGUUAUCAGCAAAGAGAUUUAUGCAGGACUAUGAGAAAGAGAGGAAAGCCCGAGAGUUAAUAGAGGAAGUGUGUGAUGAAUUGGCAAAAGAAAUUGGGGAGGACAAAUCUGAAGUUGACUCGCUCAAGAAGGAGUGCAUCAAGAUCCGAGAGGAAGUUGAAGACGAGAGGAGAAUGUUGCAGAUGGCAGAGGUCUGGAGAGAAGAACGUGUACAGAUGAAACUGGUUGAUGCCAAAGUAGCCCUUGACCAGAAGUAUUCACAAAUGAACUACCUUGUAACGGAGCUCGAAAAAUUUCUCAGGUCCAAAGAUGUGAGCCUCAAUAUGAAUGAGAUGAGGGAAGUUGAGCAAUUUCGACGUGCUGCAGCAUCCAUAAAAAUUCAAGACUUGAAAGAGUUUACGUAUGAGCCAUCUAACCCAGAUGAUAUAUUUGCGGUUGUCGGAGAAAUGGUGAAGGGGGAAAGCAAUGUGAGAGAAAUUGAGUCGUGUGUUGAUUACUCCCCAACAAGCCAUGCUUCCAAUUUUAAUACGAAAAGCCAUGAAACUAAUAAUUAUAGCAAAGAACGUAUUCAGAGACAUUCAAAUGUGUAUGGAAAUCAGAGUGGCGGGAUGUACGAUGAUGAGAGUGGAUGGGAAACUGCCAGCCAUUUGGAGGACCAAGGAUCUAGUUAUUCACCAGAGGGAAGUACAAUGUCGGUUAAUAGGAUGGCUCGGGAUAGUAAUGUGUCAGGUAGCUGCACUGAAUGGGAAGAACAGGUUGGUGACGAGACACCCAUAACUGAGGUGAGUGAAGUCUGUUCAGCUCCCUCAAAGCAGGUAAGAAAGGUUAAAUCGAUCACGAGGCUUUGGCGAUCUGGUUCCAAUAAUAAUGGUGAUAACUACAAAAUCAUCUCGGUGGAUGGUCUAAAUGGAAGGCUUUUCAAUGAAAGGAUUUCAAACGGAGAUCGUGAGUCCAGUAAAGGUGGGCAUAGCCCAACAGACAUGGUUAGAUGGCCCUCACCGGACAUCAAUCGGGGGAUGAAGGGUUGCAUUGAAUGGCCUCGUGGAGCGCAUAAAGGUAGUAUAAAGCACAAGCUCUUGGAGGCAAGGAUGCAAUCUCAAAAGGUCCAAUUACGCCAUGUUUUAAAGCAAAAAAUCUAAGCGUUGAUGAAAGACGGAACUGUUCUCAUUGUUCCCGUCAUGUGAAGAUCUGUGGACAUGCCAUUUAACCACAGAAGGCAUUAAGAAACGAUAGGCAAUAAUACUAUGAGGAGUCUCAUGGAUUUGGGAAAGUGUUUCUCUACCAAAUUCUGGAGUGAAAACAUGCUUCAGCUAGGAAUUUUGUUUUAAUUGCUGUUGCAACACACUGAGAAGAUGAAUUAUGAUGCUUAACAGCUUAAGUUAGGUUUAGUAAUGCUGCUUCUGUAAUGUUUGUAAUUACUAUCGUCGCUUUGACUUAAAGGAGUAGCGUAGUCAUAGUCAAAUUGUGUUAGCAAAGCAAAGCAUUGUACCACUAGAUUCUUCUAUAUUUGUAAUUCAUGAAACAGUCAACGAAAGUAUAGUUAUAAACUUAUAAUCA